ACUGCUUGGAGACACAGAGACCAAUCUCACGUCUUCUGCGUUUGAAGUUUUUUAAAAUACAAGUUGAAACCAGAGUUCUUGGUUAAGCAGUGGAGAUUCACCACUCGUGGAAAUAGGUGUUGGCUUUUCACAGUCGUCAAGAUAAUAUGUCUUUCCAAAAUAUUGGGGCAUGGAGGAUAUGAAUUUAUCCUGAGAGACUGAGAUUCCAUUGGCCUACCUGACUGCUGGAUUUAGACUGGCAGAUUAACGAGGCAAUCAAAGUUUGUUUGAAGAAGUUAUACUGGGUAUCAUGAAUAUCAAUGAUUUUGUGGUACUCCCAGGCUCAAAAACUGGAACCUCAGUGAGAUUAAAAACAAAAACUGUCAGAGAAUUGCAGUUGGAGAAAGAGCAAUUAGAGACAGAAAACAGAGAGAUGGAGAAGAAAUUGCAGCAACUCCAGUCAAACAUGAGCAGAGAAAAAGAAGAGAGAAAGAAAUUAAGUCCUUAUCACUGGAAAUCUGGACAGGCAGGACCAAUGACCAUCCAAGCCCGAGUUUUGUCACAAAGUAAAGAAAACUGGAAAAAGGUUUCUUCAGGAAAAGUGAAGUUGCAAAUACUCAAAGACCAGAUUCAAGAGCCAGUGAAAGAACAAUUUAAGCCUGAAAUGGAAAAUGCUGUAGCACAUAAGAACUCUGAAGUGGAGAGGGUUGCAUGUGGACUGUCUGAAAUUAAGAGUGUGCUGCUGGAACCACCCUCAGAAUCAACCUGUACAGGCCCUGAAAAUGAGGAUGAAGGAUUAUUGUUAAAUGGCUCAUAUAACGAGGAAGAAUCUGCAAAGUCUUUCCAGGAAGCUUUGCUUCAAUGGAGGAAGGGGAAUAGUGAUCACAGGGAACAAGUGCCAGCCAGUGAGGUGCCAUCAGAAUCUGUGGGAAUUUGUGAGGUCCAGACCAGUGUUACUGUUCUGGAGGAACCUGUCCAAGUGGAAUUUAAGAAGGAUGGCCUGAGCUACAUGGAGAAACUCUUACUUAAGAAAUACAGAAGAACUCCUGUUGAUGAGAUUCCUGACAAUUGCAUGAGAGAUUUAAAGCCUGUGCAAACACUGAGUGUCCAUCAAGCUGUGAGUGGAGGAGGAGGAGAAGGAGAUGAUGAUGAUGUGGAUGACUUUUCAGUUGAAGAGAUGAAGAGAUUUUGGGCAUCUCUUUUUAAAGUGGAAGAAUCCAACACCACUUCUGGAAAUGCAGAGCCAGAGUCCUCUUUGAAAAUUGAGUUCCUCGAUGAUCCUCACAGCACAGACUUGGAAGAAUCAUCCAACUAUUUGGUGGUGGAAACUGGGGCUGAGGGAAUGAACCAGCAAGGAAAAACUGAAGCACUGGAGCAGUGUGGAAGAAAUCCUGUUUCUUCUCAAGAAAUUUCUCAAGAAAAAAUGGUUGUCUGCAGUCCUCUGGAAGGAAAUUCAGUGCAAAAGGAGAGUAUUAAACCAGAGACUGGGAGGUCACUGGGCUUCUGGGAAGCACUGGAGGAGAUCUCCAACCCUACUGAACCAAAGAGCAACAAACACCUUGAGACAGAACUGCAGGAAACCAGGGAAGAGUCACAGGAACUGGGCAGUGUCUGUAACAGUCACAGCUUGGGCUUGCCUGUAAUUAAGAAAUCUUCACCACUGCAGGAUGUAGCCAGAAGAUACAAAUCUGUUGCCACGUGGUAUCAGGGACUCGAAGGUUUCUUUGGUGCAGGUGCAAACCCCAGGCAAGGAAUUCUGGCAGCACCUCCUUCCCUGUGUGCUGCCUCCAGCCCUAGGGACAGUAGCCUCCCUAUUCCAGGAGGUGGACAGUGGGUUUCUGAAAGGAGCUUAAGUGAAUAUGCUGAGGACUCUGUAGUUCAAGGUGUCUUGGAAAGGCAGUUGAACAGACCUUCUGAUGGGUUCAGGGCUCAAAAUAGAAUUUCUCCUCACAUGGGGGUGUGGAGGUCAGAUCCUGAAAAACAUUCCAGCUCAGCUUCUGAAGAUGGAACCUCCUCCAGCAGAGACUUGGAGAACAUCUAUGGAAAUACUACAGAUUUCCAUGAAAACCUGGAGCUAGAAGACCAUGAUACAGAUGAUAUUUUUGGGGCCUGGGAUGAAAGCCAAAUGGAUGAGGAGGAAAUUCUGGAGGAUAAGCUACAGGUUCUUGCAUUACAGUGAACACAGAAAGGACUCAAUUCCCUCUCCAUCUUUGUGUGUCACACCAAACCAAGAAGCAGAAGAGGUGUUCUGAGUGCUGCUCAAGAUAUUAUUUACUAAGGAUUAUCUUGUGAAGUUGUCAGUAAAACUCCUUAAAAAUAUCUUGCUUUUGGUUUUUUUUAUUAGUCCGAAGAAACAACAGAAUAAAAGAAAACUGGUGUUGUGCUUCUUUUUUUUUUUUUUCAGGAUGUUCUAUUCUUUAUUUUUUUCAUUUCAAUAAAAGUCUUCUUGCCCACAGA